AUGGCACCUGACUUUAACAAGGAAGAGCUCUCCCAACACAUGCGGGAUCUCGUUUUUGGUGGUCACCUCGGUCCCGCACAAGGGAAAGCUGUCACUUUCGACGUAGUUCGCGAGGAUACCGUGUCGAUCAUUUUCAUCGCCGCACUCAUUUCACUCACUGGGGUCAGUGAUCUGCUAGAUCGAUACCUGAUCUGCCUUGCUAAGGAGGACGGGGCCUUACUAUCGACAACACCCGUUUCCUUGGAUAAAGACGCGAUAGCCAAGGCCAUUCAAGAGGCUGGCUGUGGCGAAUUGGUUUACUACAAUAGACUCUGCGACGGAACAUUUGGAACCACAUACAAAGCAAAAGCAUACACAAAAAGUGAGAACAAACCGGAUGAAUAUGUCGUUCAGCUGAGAUAUCAUGCCAACAUCGCUAGCAUGUACCAUCUUAUUCAAACAUUCGCGAGAAAAGCCCCAAAGGGCUCGCAACUCCUCAUGGCACGAGCGUUCGCUGCUCUAUGGGAUUUGUCUGUUCCUAGGGCUGGAAAUCUUAUCGGAGAGCCAGUCGUAUCUCCUGAAGGCACCAUUUCGGUUGGCCCGGAAAGGCUACAUGGACUGGGCGGCCCAUUCUCUUCGGUGACAUCUUACAUCCAGGCGUGGAUUAAGCACCGCGUUAAUAAGCUUCAAACCAAACAAGCUAUCGACGAGUAUAAGGACAAAUAUAUGAGCCGAAUUCUCAGAUUCACGGAAUCGUCGCUUAAUCAUAUUCCCGUGGAGAUUGAGAAUGUCAAGCUCUCGCUAGUACACACGGACCUUGGCCUACAUAACAUGAUCUUCUCGGAAUCAAGAAUACCGAAAUUGAAGGGAGUGAUCGAUUGGGAAUUUGUGGAUCACGCCCCGCCACUAAUCGCUAUUCCAACUCUUAUCGAGCCCACUUUCGAGUUUUUUCCCUCAGAGAGUGACGAGCUCCGGCAGGCAUUCUGGGACGAAAUUCCGCAGUGGAAGGAGGCCAUGGCCUCCAAGGGCUCCAAGACUCUCCUGGACCUCUAUUCUUUCGGAUUUUACCUGAAGGCCGAUGCUCUUCCGGAUCGAAAUGCUGAUUUGGCUACAAAGGAGAAGUAUUGGGAGAACAACGCAAAUUUUGUGGAAAGGUUUCUUGAAAGAUGGGAAAGUCCGCGAGUUUCUGUCUGA